UAGUUAAUGAAUUAGAGAAUUUCUUAAAUGUUGAACUUCAAUAUAUUUUUAAUUUUGUAAAUUUCCGCAAACGCAAAUUAAUAAGUUUGGCGUAAUGUUUAUUUUGUUUUAUUUAUUUUUCUCUAACUACUCUCUUGUUUUUACACACUAUUUCACAGCUUUACUUGAUUUUUUUUAAUUUUCUUGUUUUAAUUAGAGUGAUCUUGUUGGGAUUUCCGGGUUUUGUCUUGGAUUUUCAGAGACGGACAUUAAUUCUAUCUUGCUUUAAAGUCUGAAUCUUCAUAGGAUUUCACGGGAUCUCGUUCUGAAAUCCCAGUAUUUUUAUAGAAAGAUUUUGGGGGUUUUCUGGGUUAAUCUUCUUCACUUGAUCCCUUUGUGGGCUCUUUUUUAAUUUUUAUUUUCUUCCAAUUUAGACUUGUUUAAUCAAAAAAUGGUUGUUAGAACAUUAAUUCCAUCACACUUUAAAGCUCCUUGGGGAUUUGCAAAGAAGGGUGCUAAAGGACUUCGAAAAAUAGGUCCACUGCAUUAUGAAUCGUGGAAGUGGCCUGGACAGAAUAGAGAAUUUCCUGAAUUGACUCCUAAAUGGCAGAAGAAUAAUAGAAUGGAAUUGAGAAGAUAUACUGGUGUUCAACCAACAGGCUAUGAUGACCCAAAUACUGGCAAAUUUGUUCAUCUACCUGAAAUGAUUCCAGAAUUAAUUGUUCCGGACUUGACUGGUUUUCCAUUAAGACCUUAUGUUUCCUACAGAACUGAUAUUGAAAUUGAAAAAAGGUUUUUUUUAAUUUAUUUUUGGGGUGAUGGCAUUUAA